UAAAAUCCCACACUUUCAGUGAGACACAUGGAAGUUUCCAAGCUCACCAGUUCGUCAAAUCAUCUACGUUUGGUGGAGACGUCUGCAACCAUCCGUUGACAAUUUACGUCAUUACCGGGACUUUCCGUAGAAAGGCAGUUUGUUUAAACGGUGCUGCCAGUCUACAACCAAAAGGGAGGUCCUUUGUCCCUUCAAAAAGAGGAAAAGGUUUUUCUUAUUAGGUUUUAACUGUUCAAAAAUGGAGGCUUAGACUCCAACAAAAGGGGUGUCCAAAAUGGGGGGAGGGGUUUGAGAACAAAUGUCUAUUGUCUGUGUGUAUGUGUGCAUAGUUAGUUACAUUUAGUUACAUUUUCUUUUAAAAAUGUUUAGUUUGAAAUUGUCAACUGAUAUUAUGUGUGCCAAAAGAGUAAAAAACACGGACCCUGGGUGAUCCAUGUUUUAGGUUGCAGUUUUUUACAGAAUGUGUUCAGAUAUUCCAGUGUUUUAAAAAGCAUUGGAUUUGUUCAUAUCCACAAUGCUGUUCCGGCUAGGGGCAUCUGGAAAUAAGUCUAGGGAGAGAAUGAGAGGUUGUAGAGCAGGCAUGUCCAAACUAUUCCUCAAAGAGCAGUGUGGCUGCAGGUUUUUGUUGACCGAUCAGCUGUCUGAAGACUAACAUCAGUUGAUUAAAACCCGUCAACUCAGGCUACUGCUUGGUUGAAACAAAAACCUGCAGCCACAGUUGUGGAACAGUUUGGGCACCCCUGUUGUAGGGCAAUGAGGCUGUGAGGUCAUUGUGGUGUCAUCAUGGUAACUAGGCUGUUAGUUUUGUUUCUUCCAUAUAAGUGCUUUAAGUUUCAUUCUUGCUUCGGCCUCUCUUUCAGUUUUUGACUUCAGCUUUAAACCUACCCCUUCACAGCUUUUUUUUUUCUAUUGGGUAUGAAUGCGUGCAUGUGUGAUAAAGCAGACAAGACAUUGGGCUUUCUCAAACCUCUCUCCUUUUGAAGGACAUCACUUUUUUCUCUUUUUGCUAUACUUAAAUCUGAAAAUGGAAACACUUCUUAAACUUAAAAACAACCAGUUUUUAAUGGGUCUGUGUCGUAACGGGCCUCCACCUGAUCUACAAUAUGACAACUCUUCAGAGCUCUUUCGCAUCUCUACUUUUGCCCGUUUUCCAGCUUCUGGAGUUACAGAACGAAGCCUAGCAAGAGCUGGUUGGUUUUAUACUGGCAUCGGGGACCGGGUACAGUGUUUCAGGUGUAAUGUGACUGCGGAUGGCUGGCAGACUGGGGACUGUCCUACAGAAAGACACAGACAGGUGUCUCCAAAUUGCUCCUUCAUCCAGAGCCUCCCAUCAACUGCCAACCUGCUCUCUUCUUCUCACUCAGCCUUCUCCCCUCUACGCAUUGCUCCUGCCAUCCCACUGUCUGGUCCAGGCCCGGCUGCUCCUAACCAGAGUGGCCCAGGUGAGGACCCAGUUGGAUACCUGAAUAUGGGUUUCUCUGCUCCACUGCCAUCCAGCCCACUAAGCUCCCGUGGUGUAGAAGACAUGUCCCAUCAGAGACCAACGUGCCAUAACCCCAGCAUGAGGCGAGAGCAAGAUCGUCUGGACUCCUUCCACUCAUGGACUCUGUCCAUCAUCACUCCUGCAGAGCUUGCCAAGGCUGGGUUCUACUAUUUAGGCCAGGGCGACCGUGUGGCCUGCUUCAGCUGUGGAGGACAGCUGAGUAACUGGGAGCCAGGCGACAGAGCUGUAUCAGAACACCAAAGACAUUAUCCAAACUGUCGUUUUGUGCGAGGGGAUAGAGCUGACAACGUUUCUCUGGCAGGAGUGGCAGGAGCUGCUAUUGGUGCAGUAAACUCCCAACUGUCUGCAGGAGGACCUGCUCUCAAUAAUGUCUCCAAUCCUGCCAUGCAGCAGAGCGAGGAGCGGCUGCUCACCUUUGUCCACUGGCCAUCACGUAUACCUGUGCGGCCUGAUCAGCUGGCUAAAGCCGGAUUCUACUACGUAGGUCGAAAUGAUGAUGUCAAAUGUUUCUGCUGUGACGGAGGACUUCGGUGCUGGGAGUCCGGAGACGAUCCUUGGGUGGAACAUGCCAAGUGGUUUCCUCGGUGUGAAUAUUUGCUUCAGGAGAAAGGACAAGAUUUUGUCCACCAGAUCCAAGCCCGUUUUCCUCGUCUGUUUGAGCAGCUUCUAACAAAUGGAGACAGCAGCUCCAGGGAGUUUGUAGAUCCUCCUGUUGUUCACCUGGGUCCUGGAGAAGAGAGAUCUGAAGAUGCUGUUAUGAUGAACACCCCUGUCAUCAAGUCAGCAUUAGAGAUGGGCUUUGAGAGAAGCUUAGUCAAGCAAACUGUACAGAGCAAGAUCCUGACGAGUGGAGAAAACUACAGAACUGUCCAGGAACUGGUUUCAGAUCUGCUCAGUGCUGAAGACCAGAAAAGGGAAGAGGAACGUGAGAUGCUGGCAGAGGCCAUGGCAUCAGACGGGUUCACAUUUGUGAAGAGACAUCAGGCAGCAUUGAUCCAACGGCUGAAGAGUGUAGAGCCAGUGUUGGAGCACUUGAGAGAGCAAAAUGUUUUAUCUGCAGAAGAGUACAGCGGUCUUCAAGCUCAGACAACACCACAACAGCAAACAGCCAGAUUGAUAGAGUUGGUCCUCACCAAGGGCAACGCUGCGGCAGAGGUGUUCCGCAACUGGAUCCAGAAAAAUGAUGUUCACCUGCUCCGAGAUCUGAUGGCCCAGUCAAAUGAGGCAACAUCACCAAGCCAAGACAUUUCAGACCUUCCAAUGGAGGAACAGCUGCGACGAUUACAGGAGGAACGUACCUGUAAAGUGUGUAUGGACAAGGAAGUCAACAUAGUCUUCAUCCCCUGCGGACAUCUGGUCGUGUGUAAAGAAUGUGCACCGUCACUGAGAAAGUGCCCAAUCUGCAGAGGUUUGGUUAAAGGUACAGUUCGAACGUUUCUCUCAUAAGCAGCAAGUUGAGAGAUGAUUCUUCAGUCACAGGACUGGAACUGAAUGUAAGCAAUACUUAAAAGAUUACAAUUCAACAUGUUCAAAUGACAGGUCAAUCUUGCGUUCAAGAUGAUGCCAAAUACUGUAACACAUUUUGUGUAACUGUGAAAGUCGUACUGUUAAACAUAACGAUUGUCUAAAUGUGGUAAAUAAACACAUUAAAGUUCAGAGCAAUUACCUGUAAAAGCGAUCAAUAAAAAAAAGCAAACUUUAAGUGGAA